AUCGUGGCCUUGAAGUGGCCGUUGAUGUGAAAAGCUCUUAUGUCCACAGAAAAUGUGGAUAACCAUCGCGUAGCUAUGGAAGUUGCGUCUUCUUCGCAGAGGACAUUGAAUACGAGUGCAACUUUAGAACAACGUACAAGUGCAGUUUCCUUUUCACAUACUCAAAACAACACUUCAAUAGGCAAGUCAACGACUGAAACGCAACAAGACUUGUCCCCUUUGGCUUCUGAGAACACAGCCGUAAGGACAACGCCAAAGACAAAGGAAAGAAGUUGGAACAACAUCGUUAGUAAAAACACGGCUCAGUCCGAUUCUGCUUCAACAAAUAAUAACAAGUCGAGUAAAGAGAGGAACAGAGUGGUUACGUCAAACAAAUUGGAUAAAAAUGGCAGUUCGGUCACAAACUCUUCAGGUCUCAGUGAUUCAACGUUGUAUUCUGCGUCGCAGAUUUCACAUUCGAAAACCCUUCAUAAGAGGUUCCAUCUUCCAGACUCUGAAAACCUACUAGGAGAGUUUGCUUGUGCCUUGGGAAAGGGAGUGCUUAUGCAAGGAAAACUUUAUAUGACGAACAGUUAUUUAUGCUUCUUCUCUGGAUUAUUUGGUCGUCCCUUGAGAGUGGUUAUUCCUCUGAACGAUAUAUCUAGUAUUAGAAAGAAGAAUGUAGCAAUGAUUUUUCCAACUGCUAUUCAAGUUGUACUGAAAGAUGGGAAAAAGUAUUUUUUUGCCUCUUUUUUAGCAAGAAAUCUGGCUUUUCAGCGACUGUAUCUUUUGUGGACUCUGUUUAAACAAGGAAAACUUGCAGAGUUAAAGAGCAGUGCACAGUUUGAUAAAAUAUUGGAAACUUUUAGCAAUCAAGAAGAGGAUAAUGAGGAUAUGCGUACGGCUGACGACUCUGUUGUGUCCAAUUCGGAGGAUUCAGAAGUACAUGUUGAAGAGAACCAAGAGACAGAUGAGCAACAACGUAACAAGAUAGCGGAAACAUUGAGGAUGUUUGAAAAAGGAGACUUCACUCAAACAAGUAUGUUUGAUAGUUCGUUCACUGACCAGGAUCACCUUCUUGUCUCUUAUCACCUUUCGACUUCUGUUUUGCAUCUUGGAGAGUUGAUUGCUUUGAACUCGUGUCCUGUAGGAAAUGAAACAGGGGAACUCAAUUCUUUGCCUUCAGAAGAAGCGGGUUUAAAUACAACACAUAAUGUAUUGGAGGAGUAUCAUGAGUUACGAGGAGACUCCAAUCUAGAAAUAAGCAAAUGGCAACGUCAUUCUACAUUAGGAUGUAUCCGUACAAUCAAAUACUAUUCACCUGUUCAUAACAAAGCUUUGGCCGUAGGAAUCAGUAAAACUCGAAAUGAAGAAUAUCAACGUAUCUGUUUAAAUCCAGACAAGGACUUUUUACUUGUGGAAUGGACAAACCAAUUAUUAGACAUUCCAUUCGGAGAUACCUUUGUUAUGCAAACUAGAAUGGAGGCUCAUGACAAGUCUACCCAUAAAAGUAAUAAUAAGCCUGGAUGUGAAGUGAAUAUAUAUCUCAACGUUGAAUGGAAAAAGAAAGUUAUGUGGAGAAGGAUGAUUGAGUCGAAUAUUCAUCGAGAAACAGUGGAGAGUUAUGAAACCUUGAUAAAGGUAUUAAAGAAGCAUAUUGAAAAUGUCAGAGGCAGUUAUAUGAUGGAUGAAAUGGUGAAUAACGGGAAUGCCAAGUCCAUAGCAAAAGCGAAGCUUGAGGUGCAAACAGAUUUGACCGAAAAUAGUCAGAAGAACAAGUCUUCGAGCUCCCAAUCUUCUUCAUUGGAAGAAGGUUUGCAAAGUGCAAAUAGAAAGGGGAGUUGGAAUGCUCGGCUCCGGAGUUUGGAGACCCAACUUUAUGCACUUUUUGUAUUUGUUUUAUUAAUAUCGCUCGUCGUCUUAAUUGGAUUUUUCCUCGUUCUUCGUUCUCAAAGAACUCAAGGACAUGUCUUAAGUGAGCGUAUUACGCAACUCGAAUUUUUACUCGAAACUCAACUCGAUACGAAACAUCGAAAGGAGUGGAUUCCAGUAGCUGAAUAUGGCAAUGAAGCAUCUGUUAUGAAGGAACAAGAUUUACAACGUUUGGAUAGUUUAGUGACACAACUCAAUGAGGUCGUAUCUUCGUUAUACUCACAACAUCUCUUAUCAAAGGGAAAGAAGGAAAGUUGAGUUUUUUUUUGUAGAUGGUUGUACUUAUUUUCUAUUUCUGUACAAACGUUAAGAACAACUGUGAUAAAAUGCAUUUGUUUUCA